CCAGACCAAAGACUUGCGCUCUUAAGCCGCACACUAACGUCAGGGCUGGUAGAGAGGCUUGGUUUUCCACUGGACGCACAUCAAUGUCCACGCUACACCGGCGGGUCAACGUUGUCCUCCACCCUGGGUGCCGCCUAUGCCUCUUACACCUCCUGUUGAGCUUGACCUGGAAUCGAAAAUGAACUGGGCGUCCUUUUAUGCCGUCAUCAGCGGUGUAAACAGACACUCCACCGGCAUCGGUCGUAUCUGGCUGUCUGUCCUCUUCAUCUUCCGUAUCCUGGUCCUGGUGGUUGCAGCAGAGAGUGUGUGGGGCGACGAGAAGUCUGGCUUUACCUGUAAUACCCAGCAGCCUGGCUGCAACAGCGUCUGUUAUGACCACUUCUUCCCCAUCUCACAUAUCCGUCUGUGGGCCCUGCAGCUCAUCUUGGUGUCCACCCCGGCCCUGCUGGUGGCCAUGCAUGUGGCCCAUCGCCGACACAUCGACAAGAAGCUCUAUAAACUGUCUGGCCGGGCCAGCCCCAAGGACCUGGAGCAGAUCAAGACCCAGAAGAUGAAGAUCACAGGUGCCCUCUGGUGGACAUAUAUCAUCAGCCUGUUCUUCCGCAUCAUCUUUGAAGUGACCUUCAUGUAUCUCUUCUACAUGAUCUACCCCGGCUAUAAGAUGAUCCGGCUAGUCAAGUGUGACUCGUACCCCUGCCCCAACACGGUGGACUGCUUUGUGUCCAGGCCCACAGAGAAGACCGUCUUCACUGUGUUCAUGCUGGCUGUGUCAGGGAUCUGUAUCUUGCUCAACAUCGCAGAGGUGGUAUUCCUGGCAGGGAAGGCUUGCAGUAGGCACUUAAGCAAUGCUGGAGACUCAACCAUGGGAGCAUGGCUCACCCAAAAGCUCUGCUCUUACUAGAACAAACUAAACGGACCAGGGCAGUAUAACUGUAAUUGGGCACAUAACAUGCUCAAAGCUCAAGGUAAGGGCCUUAACAACACUCAUUAAUCUGCUUACUGCACCAUGAUGUGUGGACACUUUUUCGAUACUUGUUGAAAUUAUACUUCAAAUGGAUAUGAGUAAUAGGGCAAUUUCAAUUUGGAUAUAGACACAAGCUCGACAGAAGAGGAGACUGAAGAAAAGUAUGGUAAACUGAUUUAUUAACAUGCCCUUACCUUGCAAUGCCUCAAAUUCAGCUGAAUUCAAUGUGCCAGCUUCGGUAUGCUCUGCAAAUUCAAGAAACUAAACCAGCUCAUCAUCUAUUCUAUAUCAUGGUUUAUAAAUAUUUUUCAAUUCCUGACAGCCAAUUUAAUCACUGAUAAUGCGGCGUGCUUAGGACAAAGCCUGGGUAUGGGUUCAAUUGUCCAUUGUAAAUAUUAACUCAAGAAAACUGUCCAAGUGAUUAAUUUAACCAACAUCUGGUGGUUGUGUUGGACUAUUACUAAUAACUAUGAGGCCAUUUCAAAGCACCACUAAUAACUACCUCACUUUCAUAGUGAAAUAUCAAGUGGGUGCUUCAAGACAUCUGAAUGGUGCUUUGAAUGCUAUGAAUGAGAUUGAUUAUGCAAGCAUAUAGAGUAAUAUAGAAUGGAUAAUGAAUGAGAAAAUGUGCUUAACUUUCAAAGUUGAAGUUACGAUGGAAGAACCAAAUGAUCAGUGAACAUGUUUAAAUGUCUAUCUCAUAGUUUUUCUUACUAGUAUAUACAGCAUUGCUGCUUUAAAACUAUUGUGUGUGUGUGUGAGAGAAAGGAUAAUAAAUGUUUAGAAUUUGUGGUACUGUAAAGUUUUUACUUCAUAAUAUAUAUAGUAUUUUAGUCCCUUUUUUGUUGUAUACCAUGCCUUCUUAUAUUGAAUGUAUUGCACUGUUUUAUUGCUGUAGCUAAUAAAAUGUGAAAUUCCUAAUAAAAC